UCCGCUCGAGCGGGAAAAUGGAAACGGGUCUCGUCGAGUGUUUAUCAAGAAUAUAUUUACAAACACUAACGUCAUUUAUUGUGUUCAAACUACCUUAAGUAAUGGUGAGAUAAAUUGGUGAUAUAACUGGCUAGUUUGGCCAGUUUUUAGUCUUAACCGUUAGGACUGGAACCUCUCCAUAAUGAAACACGAAUCUUUCACAAGGUGUAAGGACCGAGAUUCAAAAUUGGAGGAACAGAUUGGUGCAUCAUCCAAAAGUAGAAAUAAAGCGACAUGUGAUAUUCUUCAAAACAAACCCUUUAAAGGGAGAAUCUUUUACUUGGAUCUGCCAUGCAAUAGGAGGGUACAAACCUUGGAAAAUGACAUAAAAAAUCUUGGUGGGACAGUGGAGAAGUUCUUCAGUAAGGAGAUCAAGUAUCUUGUGUCUAGUAAGCCGGAAGCACGUUUUGCUCAUCGUCUGCUUCCGGACUCCCCGGCACCUAGUCCGGAUUCAGGUGUCAGUUCUCCCCAUCCCAGCAGCAGGAGGGACAGGCACAGGGAAAGCUCUCAGGGACCCACAGACACGGCAGCUGUAAGUCGAGGUAAAUCUCUUGUGGAGAGAGUAGUUAAGGAACAAGAACGUGUUCAGAUGAAUGGGAUCUUGGCACAUGCUGUGGAAUGGGGGGUCAAAGUCCUGCAUGUUGACGAUGUAAUUUCGUAUGUUGACAAGAAGAAAGCAAAAAUCAUUGCAGUAAAUGCAGCUAAUGCAUUGGUCAAAGAAACUGCCAAAAUUCACCCCACUGGGAAAAAUACAUUUCAGAGAUAUAAUGGUGGAAGAAUUAGUCGAUCAUUUGUGAAAGUGGAAGACUCAAGCAGGCAUUACCGUCCCAUCUACUUCCCCAUGCCCACCAUGCCUGUGUGCAACCUCCGUUCUCCCCCACCCUGCAGUCCAUUCUUGGUUGAGGAACAUGGAAAAGGUGAUCAAAAGAAGAAACCGAAAGAGCAAAGGUCUGGAGAAGAACGAGGGACUCGAGGAAAGAAAGACAGACGCAGAGGGCAUGAAGGGAGGGAGAAGAGGAAAGGAGGAUACUGUGAGUGCUGUGAGGUCAAAUUUGAAAACCUCAAGGCGCACCUGGAGGGUGAGCAGCAUCUGGCUUUCUCUAAGUGUGAGGAGUACAGAGUCGUGGAUCAAGUCAUUGCAGGACUCACCUGCGACCUCAUGAACAUCAACUCACAUUCAAAAAGUGUGAAAUGCAGCAUAUCCACCCCUCUCCUGCAUUUUGGAGCCAUGUUGGCGGUGAAGGAAGAUGUGGGAACUAGGGGUAGUGAUGGAAACCAGGAAAUUAAGGGUUUUUUGCUUUGGGACUCUACAUCAAAUCAACCUCUGUCUGAACAGACCAGAGAAAAACCUCCUCUGGUUCGCAAGCGCAGCAGAGACCAAUGUGAAGUUCCCUGGAGCAAUAGGGACAGCUUGUUAGACCAAUCUGACAUUCCGGAGAAGUCCUUGUCCAAGCGUGUAACCUUUGAGUUGGAAUUAGACUCAAAAUCUGCUGUACAGGAUGUUGAAGCUAGAUCUUCACUCAGCAGAGAUCAACAAUGUGCCUCUAAAACUCUUGAAUGCAGGACCACUCAAGACCAAAAGACCAGGACAAGCCAUGAUGUACACCCAGCUCAACAAUUCAGUGAGAGAAACGUACAAUCCUUAACUGGAAGGGAAUGCUGUAGGACACAUUGCACGCAGGAAAAUCAAAUUGAAAAUUCAGCUCAUUGUCCUUGGGCCAGUACAGCGCCUGAACCAGACAUGUACAUUCCCUCUAGUUCACUGCAACGGAAGGUUCGUAACGUCAGACCCAGAAGAAGAAAGAAAGAGACUGCUAUGCACAUCCAAAGCCGUGAAGAGAGUGAAUCAUUGAACUCUCCUUCAACCGCUAAACCUCUAAAGCAAUGUGAGAACUUUUCAACAUCUGUUCUGGAACUGUGGCAAUUAUUCCAGUCCAGUGACAACAUGGAUGAAGAGUUUAAGGGUUUCUGAUAUUUGAACUGGAUGGAGGAAUACAAAGCAAAAACCACGGAGAGUGUAUAACAUGUAUAACUGAGUUUAAAAAAAUAAUAAUAUGCCAAAUAAUAUAUAUUUGUUGAUCUGAUUUCUUUAAUCAGUGGGAUGAAAAACAACACUCUAAACCAUAAGCCUUUAAGGAUUUAAAUGAAUACAUUGAUUUAAAAAUGGGAAGAAAUACUUCCCACCUAUGUAUGUUAAAAAAAACAAUUUAUUUGUGUGAAUUGAAUAUGUACAUUUAUGUUGUGUAUGUAAUUGAAA